GCCACAGGGUCAGAACAGAGCAGAGAAAGGCAUCUACCCCAUCUACUCCUCUUUCUCUCAUUCUCUCACUCACAAUACUCACAAAUCUCUCUUCCUUUCUCCCCCUUUUACCUCCCAGUCAUACAAUAGACUUCCCCUGUACGCUCCUGUCCAGAAGAAAGAACAGGGGGAUACGGUUUCCACAACAAUGGAAAUUCAAUCAGGAAAUGGAGAGGAGUUGGAGGUGGUGAGUGGCGAGUCAUUAGUGACCCCGGGGUCCGUUUCCUCCUCGCCGUAUCUCCCUGUCCCUCAGGCAGACGGCACGGACCACCAAGUACUCCGGGAGGACCUCCAGGCUGCCAAGACCAUUGAGAGGUUUGACAUCCCUCUGAGUAACUUGAAGAGGAUGUUUGAGAAGCCCCCAGGAGCAGCCAACACUGAAGUGAGAGCCGUACAGUCCAGCCCAUCCAGAAGAGCCCCAGCCAGUAGCUACCAGCUUGACCAGAAGAGGGACCCAUCACCUGGUGAGAAGAUGGCCUCAGCUCAUGACCCCAGCCUCUCUGCGGGUGGAACCAGGUCAGGACGUCCUGAGGAAAGGGAAGGGGUGACGAGUCAGAGGAAAGGAGACGGAGGAACGCCCACCAGCGAGGAGCCGGAGUCCGUGUCACUAAAGGAACGCAUGGCCAUGUAUCAGGCUGCCGUGUCCAAGAAGGAGGCAAGCAGCUCAUCCGCCACGGUUAUGGAGGAGUCGGAAGCCUGUUCUCUGCCAGGGGGUCUGGCCAGCGUGAAGAAACAGUUUGAGAGCCAGGAGUACGCCUCAUCCUCCCAGUCCCAGACCAGCGUUACCCAGACCCAUGUAGAAAAGAGAUCCGUGCAGGUGUCCAGCUCACAGGAGGUGACAGUGAGGAGCAGUGUCAGAGAGGUCUGUCCCACCACUCAGCAAGUGGCCUACUUCCAUGGCCAGGAGGUGACUCAUGAUCAAAGAGGUCAACAAAGCAACGUGGCCUCCAGUUAUGAAAACCAUUAUGAUGAAACAGUUAGGGUCAUAGGAGGAGAGGACUUACCAAAAGUCUCCACUCAGGCUUUGAAGCAGCAGUAUGAGAAGACGAUCGAACAGGCCACGCCGGGCAAGCAAAUUAAGAUUGAUCUGGAUUACAACCAGUUUCAAUGGGCACCGGUAAACCAGUCCUCCUCAGCAGCAGCUAGCUAUGAAAGUUCCUCCACUGUUAAACAGUCAUCCAGAGCUUCAGCAGCAAAGAGCUAUGAAACCUCAUCCACUAUGAGGACAGGGGCUGUCUCCUCAUCUACCGCUGCCUCAGCCUCAUCCACUAUGAGGACAGGGGCUGUCUCCUCAUCUACCGCUGCCUCAGCCUCAUCCACUAUGAGGACAGGGGCUGUCUCCUCAUCUACCGUUGGCUCAGCCUCAUCCACUAUGAGGACAGGGGCUGUCUCCUCAUCUACCGAUGCCUCAACCUCAUCCACCAUGAGAACAGGGGCUGUCUCUUCCUCUACCGCUGCCUCAGCCUCAUCCAUGGAUUAUGAGACCAUGGAGCACUUCCCUCCUCCACCCGCUGAACUAAUGCCCCAGGAGGCCCCCGAGUGCUGUGACUCUGUCCCGCCUCAGGAGCAGCCUGGCCAAGAGAGAUACAUAUUCAACAAGGAGCAGUACUCCAAGCAGAGGAACCUCAAUGAGCUGAAGCGCCUGUACAAGCACAUGCACCCAGAGGUUCGGAGGACCAUGGAGAAGGAUUACUUCACCGACGUCACGGAGAUCGAGCAGUCACAGCUGGAUAGUGAAGAUGAGAUGACCGGGGAAGUCCAGCAGGCUUGCUAUGUGUUUGAGAACAGUGGUGGUGAUGAAUGUAUGAGCCCUGAGGGAGAUUACCUGGAGUGGGACGAGAUCCUUAAAGGGGAGGUGCAGUCCAUGCGCUGGAUGUUUGAGAACAAGCCGCUGGAUACCAUUAAAGAUGACAGCCCAGAUGAGGAUGAUGAAGUGAAGAACAUUGCUGAGCAGGAAAUCAUUGCAGGAAGUGAUGUCAAAUACACAGCCUGGAUGUUUGAGACCCAGCCCAUGGAUGCGCUGCGUGCAGACACCCCAGACUCCACCGUACAGACAGGGAAAUUGACCGAGCUGGCGAGAGGAGACGUACGAACAGCCACAUAUCUUUUUGAGACCCAGCCACUGGAUUGUCUGAAUAAAAUCUACCAGGAGGAUGAGCAAGCCUUGGAGGUUGUCUUCACUAAAGAUAUUACAGGAGGGGACGUGAAAACAGCCAGGUAUCUGUUUGAAACGCAACACUUGGAUUCCCUCAGCCACACAGAGACCAUUGAGGAGAGCCACUUCUUGAACCUGAAGUCAGAGCUUGAGGAGAUCAAAGGGGAAGUGAAGACAACCACACGGAUGUUUGAGACCCAGCCCAUGUGUGUCAUCAGGGGCAACUCUGGAAAUAUACUGGAGAUCACCGCCAUCCGCAGGGAGGAGAUGGAGAAAGGAGACGUGAAGACCUCCCGCUGGCUCUUUGAGACCCAGCCUCUGGACAUGAUCAACAAAGACCCUGCCAAGGUGAAGCUGAUCUGUGGAGUCUCCAUGGAGGACAACUCGCAGGGAGACGUGAACCGGGGGAGGUGGCUGUUCGAGACAAAGACACUGGACUCCAUUAAAGACGAGGAAUGGCAAAGCAUCAGGCAAAAGGAGGAGAUUAUUGGAGCAGAUGUGCGGAAGCACUGCCUGGUUUUCGAGACACAGCAGAUGGAUACUCUGAAAGACAGUGCCAAUGCCAGACAUUUACUCUCAGAGGCGAUUGUAGGAGGUGAUGUGCGAUCAGCAAAACAUCUGUUUGAGACAGUGCCAAUGGAGAACCUGAAGGAUCUGGCUGAAGUAGGGAAACUUCAGAAGAUGGUUGCGUCCGAGGAGGAGAAGGGUGAUGUUAGACAUCAGAAGUGGGUUUUUGAAAGUCAACCACUUGAAAACAUAAGGGAUGAGAAGAAGGAAAUGACACGCUCUAUAAACCUUGAAGAAAUUGAUAAGGGCGACGUCACAAAUCACAAGGAAAGAUUUGAAACCUUGGAUUUAAGCAGAUGUGAGGGGGCACAGAGAAUUCAAGUUGAAGGUGUUACCAGUGGGUCUGUGAAAUCAAACAAAGUUCUUUUUGAAUCCACCCCGAUGUAUGCCAUGCAAGACAGCGAGGGACACUACCACGAGGUGAAAACCGUGCGACGUGAGGAGAUAGUAAAAGGAGAUGUUCGCAGCUGCAGGUGGAUGUUUGAAACACGUCCUAUCGAUAGAUUUGAUGAAAGUAGCAAUAAAUUCCAGAUUAUAAAAGGUAUAUCAAAGGAGGAGAUUGAAUCGGGCGAUGUCAAGACAGCCAAGUGGUUAUUUGAAACUCAACCCCUCGAUGGUAUUAAACAUUUCAGCAACACUGAAGAAGAUGAAACUAAGACAAAGGAGAGUGUUGAAAUUGAGAAGGGUGACGUGAAAACCUGCAGGUGGCUGUUCGAGACUCAACCAAUGGAUAAUCUGUAUGAGAAAGCAGAUAAGGUGAGGAAUGAGACUGAGGUUGAGGAGGUCAACAAAGGGGACGUCAAAACAUGCACAUGGCUCUUUGAGACUCAGAACCUCGAUAACAUCUGUGACCAUUCCGAGUCCGAAUCGGAGACCGUUCUCAAAACCUGCACUGUCAAACAAGAGGACGUCCAAGGCAAAGAUGUGCAUCACGCUCGCUUCCUCUUUGAGACAGAGAACCUGGAGAACCUCACAGGGGAGGAGAGUGGUGCCUUCAGGAGGGUGACUAAGAUUGAUGUCCAGUCUGGAGAUGUGUCUAGGAUGAAGUUUCUCUUUCAGAAUCGGUCUUCCGACAUCAUGACCUCAACCUCAUCUGAAACGAUGCAUAAGCUGAAGACCCUGACGGCGGAGGAAAUUCAGAAAGGAAAUGUGGUGAACAACACCUGGCUUUUUGAAAACCAACCUAUAGACACUAUCCGCGAGGAUACGGAGGAAGCCAAGGAUACUCGCACCGUAACCGAUGUGCAGGGAGGAAACGUUGGUCAAGGACGCUUCGUUUUUGAGACUUACUCUCUCGAUAAAAUCCAGGAGGAGUCCACCGAGACUGAAAUUUCAAAACUCCAGAGCAUCAUCAGGGACGAUAUAGAGAAAGGGGAUGUGAAAAGCUACACCAUGAUGUUUGAAAAUCAGCCACUGUAUGCAAUCUGUGACAAAGAGGGCCACUACCAUGAAGUAACCACUAUGACAAAGGAAGAAAUCAUGAGAGGAGACGUGGUGGGGGCCCGGUGGUUAUUUGAGACAAAACCUCUGGAUUCAAUAAGGGACACAGACGACGUCUAUGUCAUCAAAUCUGUCACUGAGGAGGACGUCCAGAAAGGUGAUGUCAGCACGGCCAGGUGGAGGUUCGAAACACAACCUCUUGAUGAAAUCGCUGAGGACAUGAAAGUGUUGACUAAAACAGUUGACGAUAUCCAGGGUGGUGAUGUGAAGACAAACAAACACCUUUUUGAGACAGAUCAACUGUCCCAGAAGUAUGUUAGAACUGUUAGCGUGAGUGAGAUCCAAAAAGGGGAGGUCAGGACUGCCUCGUGGAUGUUUGAAACACACAGCAUCGAUAAGAUCCGUGGCGAGGGCUCAGAAUAUGAUGAAAUGGAGACCGUGACAAAAGAAGAAGUGAUGAAAGGAGAUGUCAAACAGUCUGUGUGGCUCUUUGAAAAACAGCCGCUUGACAGCAUUAAAGAGUCUGACGGAACAGAGACUGUUGUCACCCGGGAGGAGAUCCCACAAGCAGAUGUAAAGACAACAACAUGGCUUUUUGAAACCACUCCUUUAACCAAAUUUAAUGAGAACAGUGUAGAAAGAACUGAAAUAAUGGGGAAGAGCAUCAAAGAGACCCUUGAAGAGCUGUAUUGUCAGAAAAUGGUUGACUCACAAGGGAUUCUCAUUGAGACGGAUGAGAUCGGAGAUGUCAGAAUGGCAAAAUACAAACUCAUGAACCAAGAUGCUCCGGAAAUCCAGAGGGAGGAGGUGAUCAGAGGGGAUCUGAACAACAUCAUGAUGAACCUCCUAAACAGACGAGAAAUGACAGAGAAGGGGAUAGUCAUAGACCAGGACGAGAGAGGCAACAUCAACACAACAGUAAAACAGCUAUUCAACCAAGAAAAGGGAUUCGAUGUUGAGAAGGAGGAAAUCCUCAGAGGCGACAUUCAAGAGGCCAUCAACAACCUACUGAAGGAGGAGGGCUCCUCAAAACGUGGAAUUCUGAUUCAAGAAGAUGAAAAGGGAGAUGUGCGAAUGACUAUAUACUCCCUCCUCAAUAAGGAAGACGGUGGUGGCAUUGAGAAGGAGGAUAUCAUCAAAGGCAAUGUCAGUAGGACCCUUCACAGUCUCUUGUCCAACCCAGGGUCAGAGGAAUCUAAAAGGAUAAGGGUGGAAGACACGGAGAGGGGUAACGUUAGCUUUUACUCCACCUGUAUUGAAUCUGGGGCACUGGAUUACCUCAAACAACUCCAGUUUGAACCUAAUGAGGAACAAGAACAGGCGCAGAAGGAACGUAUCAUUGGCGGCGACGUUAUGGAAACCAAAAUGACACUAAGGAAGAAUCAACAGCAGAUUGAACGCACAGUAGCUGAGGACGAUAUUGUCCCUGGUGAUGUCAACAACACUGUGAAGGUGUUCAUGAUGGAACCUGCUCUCUUGAUGGACAACCUGCAGAAAGAGGAAAUUGUCAAGGGAGAUCUGAGGGCGGCCCUGGACUCACUGACCAAAACUAUUAGCAAGAGAGUCGUGAUAGAGAAAGAGGAAGUGGUGAAAGGGGACCUGCACACCACUCUGAGGUCUUUGGAGGAGGCUCAAAACCAAGCCAAGGAAAUGGAAAAGCCAGAAAUUGUCCGAGGUGAUAUCCGAGGAGCCCUCCAAUCAUUAGAGAAGUCUGCGACCACCAAGACUGAGGUAACUGUUGAGGAUUUAGUGCCCGGCGAUAUCAAAGGCACCUUGAAAUCACUAGAAGAGGCUAAGCAGGCAGUGAAAGAGAUGGAAAAGGAGGAGAUUGUAAAGGGAGACAUUCAUAUUGCGCUGAAGGGUUUGCAUGAGGCCUCGAGUGAGAAAAAGCUUUACCAGCACCAAGUGAGUGAACAGGGGGACGUGAGAGGCACAAUACAGCUGUUACUAGAACCAUCCACAUCCCCACGAAUGCAACGCAGGGGAAGCACUGAGGGAGAUGUGAAGACCUCCAUAAAAUGCCUCUACGAAGGGCAGGGGCAGGACCAGGAUGAGGAGCAAUCGCAGAUGGAGAAGGAGGAGGUGAUAAAGGGAGAUGUUAAAGGAGCGAUAAAGAAUCUGAUGCAGAGAAAAGAAUAUUCCAAUCGGAAAGUACGAAAGUAUCCUCCCAGGAAAGCUCCCAGAGCUCAUGUGAAAAAUCCAUUACCCACACAGCAAGUGAUGGACCAUGAAUACUCAGAUGUGGCUAAGAAUGAGAACGUCACAGUCAAUCUAGCCCCUGCUGUGAAAAACCUGUCUCAGAGUCAGAGCAGUAAAUCACAGGACACCACACAAAAGCACACUGGGACGUACACCGAGAACAAAUCAGUGAAGAGCAGCAGGACCCUCACCCAAGAGGAACACUCUAUGACAACAAAGGUACAAACAGUCAAUAUUUUGGAGGCAUCACAGCAGGAACAUGUAAAAGAACAGACUGAAGUUAAAGAACAGACACGUGUUGAACAGUGUGUGAAACUGAAAAUGCAACCCCCUCCUAAGAACAUGAUCAUAAAGAAGAAAAACCAGACCAAUCAGACGACUGAUAAUACAUCAAUGAAUCAGAUGACAGAGAUUAAAGCAGCCAAUCAGAUGACUGUGAAUCAAUCAUCCAAUCAGAUGACUGUGAAAAAAGCAGCCAAUCAGAUGACUGAGAAUAAAGCAGCCAAUCAGAAGAUUGUGAAUAAAUCAGCCAAUCACAUGACUGAGAAUAAAGCAGUCAAUCAGAUGAUUGUGAAUAAAUCAGCCAAUCACAUGACUGAAAAUAAAGCAUCCAAUCAGAUGAGUGUGAAUAAAUCAGCCAAUCAUAUGACUGAAAAUAAAGCAUCCAAUCAGAUGAGUGUGAAUAAAUCAGCCGAUCAUAUGACUGAGAAUAGAGCAGCCAAUCAGAUGAUUGUGAAUACAUCAGCCAAUCAUAUGACUGAGAAUAAAGCAGUCUCAGACAUAAGUGUGAUGAAAGAAACACAGAGAGAAACACAAGUCUCAGACAUGAACGUGACCACACAGGUCAAAACAGUCAAUAUGUCUGAGUCCUCACAGCAGACACAUGUUAAAAAACAGGCUGUGAAACAGAGAAUACCACCACCCCCUAAACCCAUCUUCAUAAACAAGAAAAGCAUGACCAAUCAGAUGACUGACAAUACAUCAGCGAAUCAGAUGAAGGAGAUUAAAGCAGCCAAUCAGAUAACUGAGAAUGAAGCAGCCUCAGACAUAAAUGUGAUGAAAGAAAGACAAAGCACAUCUCAAACUAAUAUUGUUUCAAAGCAAACACAGGAAACAAAAACAAUGAAACAGUUGCAAACAACAGUGACAGAGCAUAAGACUGUCACACAAAAACACAACGUCAAAAAUCUGAAUACAAAUUUCCGGAACCUGGACAUGAAAGGAAAAGGUAUGCUAAAGAAAGGGGCGCCUGAGAUUCAUUUCCCACCUCCUCCCACGUCCCCGCCUCCACCCUCUGAGUCUGAGAUGUCUCUUCCUCCCCCGCCCUCACCAGUGGCAGGCUGCCCAAUGUCCCUGUCAAGCCGUAGCCCAAUGUUUCCCACAUCCCGUCCCCUGAUUAUGAGACAGGACAGUGACCUUCCGCCUCCACCUCCUCCACCCCCAGUAGAAUGCGGGGAGCCCGACCUUUUCUCUUCUCCCCCACCCCCACCAUCCGUGGCAGGGCAAGACUUUCUUCCUCCACCGCCCUCACAGCAAGAGCUGAACUCAAUGCCACACCAAGUGUCUACACCACCACCUGGAAAGCCAUUUAAAGCUAGGCCUUUAUUCAAAAUCCCAAAACCUGAGCCACCCAAGCAACCAAUACUGGUCAAACCAAAAUGGCAGAAAAAGCCAGCAGCACCACCACCAACUCCUCCACCUCCUCAACCAAUGACGGUUCAAACAGAACAUAAAGAGGAAGGAGUAGUCCAGGAAGUCAAAAGUGAAAUCAGUUGUCAACAGGAAGAAAAUACAAAUACUACCAACACACAGGUUCAAUCUGAUUCGACAGUGUCCAUGACUAAAAUCCCUUCACCAAUCCCAGUGGCAAAACCACCACAGGAAGUGUUGCCACGACCACCUAAAAAGGUAUUCAUCCCUCCAAUCAAAAUACCCCCACCUGCAGAACUUGCACCAGUGGCAAAACCUAAACCAUAUGCCCGUAAAUUCAAAACCCCACUGAUGCUGGCAGAGGAAAGGUAUCGUGUGCAAAGAGAGGAGGCUGAGAGAAACAAGUCACAAGACACAACUCCCGCCACUUCACGAGUCACAUCUCCCACCUCUCCUCCAACUAACAUGAUGCAGAUGAUGGGCUCAACCAAUGUUGCAAAUGAACAACACUCACUUGCACUCAAAACAGACCAGUCAAAAGUGACCUCAGAGGUAACACAUGAACAGGCUGAGGAAACUCAGUCUAAAAGCAAAGUACGCACAGCAUCACAAGAGCCGCCCAUGAAGAAAGCUCUAUCACAUAUCCCCCUGAGCAAACCGUUGAUCUCCAUGGUAAAUAAGAAAUCAACCUCUGAAUCUGGAAAUAUUUCCGCAGAUAAGAAACACAUCACUGAUCAGUCCUCGAUGGCCUCUUCUGGGAAAGAACUCGCCUCAUCUGUUGCCACCAGAAAACAUCAGUCUGUUUCCUUGGGCAAGCAUCAGUCUAUUUCAGUCCCUGCUGCUCACCCUCACCAUGAGUCCAACAUUAAAGUCCAAUCUGGCUCUAAUGUGAUUUCGUCCUCAGUAGCUGAGAAGCAGAGUGGUAUGAAUGCUAGCUCACGGUCUAUCAUCUCCACUCAGAGUAUUGUCCAGGAAAAUGCACAUCUUCAAACCCAAUACGCCGUCACAUCCGAAGCAGAGGAUGCAAAGAAUACUAACGCCUUACUCACACAGGAAGUAAAAAAGAUUCCAUCUCAGCCCACCAAAAUCAAAAUUCCAAAAGUGACACCAAAUUUCAAGGUGAGAACAGUGAAGUUGCCAACAGAGAAGAAGGAGGAGAAAAGCGAGGUGGUGGAAAAAGAUCAACGAGCAGUGAAAAAUGAAUUACAUGUACAUCAAACGGGUAUGGAGACUAUUUCUAAGAGUGAGACCAGAGUAGUUCAGGAGAGCACCCAGAUGGCCACCAGUAGCUCAGCAAAAAAUGACGUAAAGGUGGAGAUGAAUGUGACACAGGAGAAAGCUGAGGAGGUUGAGAAAACUGCAGUUGCCAAGGAAACAAAGCUGGAAAGUCAAAUGAAGACAAAGGCAAAGCAGAAAGCCAUUAAAGUCCCUUUGCCCAAAGAGCCAAAACUAGUUCCCAUGCCAGUAGCUCAAGCUCCAGGGCACUGCCACAUAUCUGUCUCCCAUAGUCAACAAAGCAUGCAGGAACAGCACAUUCAGAAGCACGAGCAAGUGAUUGUUAAUGCGAGAGUAGUUCAACAGAGCUUCCAGAAGCAGGAACAGCAGGUUCGCACACAGAAGCAGCAGGUCAAGUCUUUCCAACAACAAGGAGAAGUAAGCAAAAUGCAGCAGCAUCAGGAGAGGUCGAAGGCAGAGUCAACGGAUGUCUCCGUGAACAUUGCAGGGAAGGCAGCAGCACAGACAGAAGCAGCUCAAUCAAUGGCGGAAAGCUCAGCUCAAUCAGUGGAGGAGAGCACAGAUUCGGAGAAAUGUGUAAUGGUACAGAAGCUGCUAUUUAACAUUAAGCAGCUUCAUCCAGGGAAAAUGGAUUCAAACUCAGUGAGGACAAUACUUAGUGGGGUCCCUGACUGGUUGAUGAGGGCGGAGGAAACGCGUGAUUUAACACAGGUUGCUGUUCAGCAGAAUAAGAAGAAACUCACAGAGAUCAUUUUCCGUGUGAGAAACCUAGCACAAGCAAAACUUGUAUUCUUAGAAGGACACAUGGCAGCCACGGCAAAACAGGAAAGUGAACCGGCACCUGCAUCAUCACCUGCACAACCACCUGCACCACAACCUGCACCACCACCUGCAUCAUCACCUGCACCACCACCUGCACCACAACCUGCACCACCACCUGCAUCAUCACCUGCACCACCACCUGCACCAGCACUGGAAAAGAAAAGAUUUGGAGGAGCAACAGACAAAAUAUCUAAAAUAAGCAUUGGCUCGUCAAGAGUCAAAACCCAUAAGAAAGUGGUUGAGGAGAGGAAGAUCUCUCAUGAGAGCAUAAAGCCAGAGCUGACUGAAGUAAAAGUCCUGAUCCCAGAGUUCCCUCUCCCAUGCUUGCAACGCGAACACCUUCACCUACCUUCAUAAGCAUUGAAUCAGUGAGGAGAACAAACUCACCCCUCACAGUGACACCCUCACCUCCUCUGUCAUACAGGUCUGGUGCCACCCCAACCCCACCACCUCCCCCUCCCCGCACCCCUACCUCUCGGUUCUGUAGGGCCACACCCUCUCCCACCUUCAGCCGCUCAGAAAAGCUAGCCAAGUUGAAGGACACCACUGUGAAGCUCUCUAGGGGCAUGACACCUC